UGGCAACACUGGACAGUUCCGAAUCGGAAUAUAUUUUUAGCUUGGCGUUCUUUUAGAAGUUUUCGUUACUAACUUGUCACGCUAUUAUAAAGUGGAUUUGUAGUUCACAUAAAUCUGUGCAUAUGCACGCAUAAAUUCAACUCAAAUGUUGUGUCGUUACUCACAAUUUUGUGGCGAUCCAAAGGUUGUUAUGACAUCUUUACAGCUAUACAAAUAUUUAUUACGUCAAUGUGAGAAGUUACCGCCUGAUGCUGGUAAAUAUUACAAAUUUGCCAUCAAACAGAGUUAUAAACAACACAGAGUGGAACCGGACCCAGAAAGGGUAAAGCAAAUGAUAACUAAAAGUAUUGAGGACGCCAAAUGGAUAGUCAAUAAAUACACUCAGAAAUAAUGGAUGUUAAAAACCAUUCACUUUAUAGAAUUGACAAACAAUUUAAUUUUGUGUAUGAUAAAAGAAUCUACUAAGUAUGAGUGUGUUUGGCGAAAAGAUUGAAGAUUAUGAAAUAUUUGAACACCUAGGUAAAGGAGGAUUUGCACAUGUUUACAGAGCAAGAUGCCGCAAAUCAAAUAUAUUUGUUGCUAUCAAAAUGAUAGACAAAGCUUUAAUGGCAAGUGCUGGGAUGAUUGGAAGAGUGAGACAAGAGGUCACCAUACACUCUCGCUUAAAACAUCCAGCUAUUUUAGAAUUGUACACUUUCUUUGAAGAUGUGCAUUAUGUUUAUUUAGUAUUAGAAUUAGCACAUAAUGGAGAAUUAGCCAGACAUUUUAAGUUAGGGAGCUGUGGCAUUGGUGAAAAAGCUGCUGCUGACAUAUUCAGGCAAGUGGUGAGUGGGGUGCUCUAUUUACACUCCCACAAUAUUAUACAUAGAGAUUUAUCUCUAAACAACUUGCUCUUGACUAAAGACCAAAGUGUGAAAAUUGCUGACUUUGGGUUAGCAACACAGCUCAAUGGACCAGAUGAAAAACAUGUUACUAUGUGUGGAACACCAAACUACAUUUCUCCUGAGGUAGCUUCCAGAGAAGUUCAUGGUUUGCCCGCAGAUGUCUGGGGCUUGGGUUGCCUGUUGUACACACUAUUAGUAGGGAGUCCACCAUUUCACACCCAGCAUGUUAAAACCACGCUCAACAAAGUUAUUCAAGCUGAUUACAAAAUACCAACAGAACUGUCAAUCCAAGCUCAGGAUAUUCUACAAAAACUGUUGUGCAAAGACCCUACAAAAAGAAUAACUCUUAAAUCUGUUGCUGAACAUCCAUUUGUAAAUAAUAUGGUCAUGGUGCCUUCUAUGGCCAGACAGGACUUGUCAAGGGAUUCUGGCUUCAUUACAACUUUGCACAGUACUCAACAUAGCAGUAAGUUAAGAAGUGAAGACAAAACUGGAUUAGACUAUAUAGGCAUUUGCAGAGAUCAUAAUGCUGCCUCGUCAAUGAGCAGAGAAGCAAGAGUGCCACUGAUGAAUGUAUUUUCUGGAAUGCAAGAUAAUGUGUCCACUCAGAGCAAUAGUUAUAAGUUUGCCAUUGAUAAAGGAAAUGAAAAUAUAUUGGUAAAUCAUAUUGGUGCUAGGAACCAAAUCCAAUUAAAUAAUGAUUUUGCCCAGAAACUGGGAAUUGCUGCUGUGAAUAGUACAUCUUUUCUAGAUAAUAUAAAGAAGCAUGAUACUAAUUGCAAAAAAGUUGAAAAUGAACUCAAACACAUAACUAAUGAUGAGAAUAAAGAAAAUGUAUCAAAACCAUGCAACAUGAAUUCCAAUGUUUUAAGUGUACCGCCACUAUGUGCAGAUAGACUGCCAAUCAUUUCACACAAAACCCGAAAUGCUAUCCUGAAAAUUGAGCCUGGUGGUGUAAUAGUAGAAUUUAUAAAAAAGAAAGGAAAGGAUAGAGAAGAAAAAGUUGUAGAAAUAUGUAAAAUUUCCAAGGAUGGUAUGAAAAUAGUAAUUUAUAGUGUGGACAAUAAUAAGGAUAAACCUAAACUUGAUCUGGAACAUGACCCAAAGCCUGAUGAAAUAUUCACAUACCACAAUUUGCCUCAAAAACAUUGGAAGAAGUAUUUGUAUGCCUCGCGCUUUGUAGAUCUUGUAAAGGCAAAAACACCAAAGAUCACACUGUAUUCAGCAUUAGCCAAAUGUCAGCUUAUGGAAAAUGGAGCAGAUAUUGAGCUAUUUUUUUAUAAUGGGGAAAAAUUAACAUAUAACUCUGCUGACGGUCUUAAAAUUAUUGACAAAAAUCUUAAAACACAUCACUGCUCAGCUCCAGAACUUAAACAUUUAACUGAUCAUUUCGAGGAGUGCUCUAAUAGGAUGAAGCGUAUACAGGAAGCUCUAUCUUGCAUUUCAGACGAAUGUUUCCCUUUGAUCAUUGGUAAAAGACCAAUCCAGUCUGCCACUAAUGUAGCAUCUCCAUGCCAAGGCUCGGUUAAUGCCUAUAGCACUCCGGUUUGGAACUUUGGGUCUUUUCACCGCACUGGAACUAGCACAACUCAAGCCCCAAGUGACUACAACAUUAAAUGACUAGACAAGUGAACACAACUAACCAAUUUUUUUAUGUUGAUAAUGUCAUAGUUGGAUCGUAAUUUUUUUACUUAUAAGUUUACUGCACGUAAUAUGUCACCUUUGUAACAAUAUAUUUUUAGUACGACAAAUAUAGUUACUAUAUUAGACUGUAA